ACGAGUAAAUAGGCUUUUCACUUAACAUUCCAACAGAGUGUUGUCCAUGACCUGGGUGAUCUACGGCCACCAGUAUAUCUUCGAUAUGUACUUCACUGUCAACUUGCUACACAUAGAAAAGUGGACGAGCGGACUGCUCUUCCAGACCAUCUUCAACGCCACGGUGAGCACGGACUCCUUCUUCUUCCUGUCGGGGCUUCUGGUCACCUACGGCGUCCUGAGGGAGAUCAAGAGGACGGGCAAACUCAACAUCAUUAUGUAUUACGUCCACAGACUCAUCAGGUUAACGCCUCCCAUCGCCCUUGUUGUGCUGUUCGCGAACGUUGUUCAGGUUCCUCCUUGGGGCCCCUUGGCUUUUGGGGCAGAUUCAUAUUCGACGAUGUGCUCGCAGAAUUGGUGGAUGGACGUCCUGUACGUCGACAACUUCCUUGGCUUUAACAAGACCACUAAUACGUCAGUUGAUUGCCUCGCCCAGUACCGCCCGUGGACACCCAGCUGUACCUGGUGGCUCCCUCGUGCUGCUGCCCCUCGCCUUCUAUCCCUCCAAAGUCCCAGAAAGAAAGCAUUCCAACUACUGUUUAUUCCAGGGAAGAUUCUGCUGUUCCUGGUAACUCUGGUGUCCUUCAUAGUCCCAGCAGCUGUGAUCUACGCCUACGACCUUCCUCCAGGGUCAAUAUCGGCCGGUGCCGAUGAAGUCGAUGUCAUUGGUUAUCAAAAUAUGGUGUACUUUGCGCCGUGGAGCCCCAUUCCAUUAUUUCACACGUUACUGUCCUCGUUCUUAGGUGCAGGUAUUAACUGGCUGGACGGUAGCCGCGUUUCGGCUCUGUCAGUGCUGUUCGGCCUGUGGAGUUACAACCAGCUGCAAACCAACUAUUACUACGACCCUGUAACCCAGGUCCUGUACGGCGGUCUCCACAGGGGUGUUUGGUGCGCCGCCCUGGCUUGGGUGGUGGUGGCUUGUCACUUCGGCUACGGAGGUUUGUGCUUGUCCUUCAGCGGGACAAGAGAUGUGUAUUCAGCUUGGGCGUGUUGUGGAUGCAUUAUUACGUGGAUUCCUUAUCGAUAA